CACAGAGUCACAGACACAGCGCGAAACUCAGCCACAGACGACUUUCCAGCACAGAAAGCUAUAGAUAUCAGCCACCAUCCUCUGGCUCUGAGUAGGUUGUUGACUAACCUCAAGAAUGAUGACGACAAUCCGAUCUUCUUUGAUACACACAAAUCCCCGAACCGCAAUAUUCCUCAUCCCUAUCAAUACCAAACAACACCUUAGUUACCCAAGAAGUACGUUUUCAUCCCCUGUUUCCUCGACGCUUAAAGCCACAGAGAGCCUCCCUGGACAAAAAGUAACAAAGCAUCCCAGCAAAAUCAAACCGUUGAGUUCUUCAGAGCUACUAGAAACAAAAUCCCGGGAUGAAUUUCCCAAAGUCGCAUCACAUCUUGUGUUGCUGGGAGCUGUAACAGUAGGAGUUGCACUUAUUGUGAUGGGCUUUGAUGACGAUCACAAGGCAUUGGCUUUUGGUCCAGAAGGACCGCUGGUGGAGGAAUUCUGGGAGAACAUGAGGAGAUAUGCACUUUAUGCUCUGACAGUCAGCACUGGAUUUGCUUAUACUGUUUUUCAGCCAAUAUUGGAGUUGCUAAGGAACCCCGUCUCUGCAGUUCUUGUUCUUGCUAUUUUUGGAGGUUCUAUUUACAUCGUGACCCAGGUGCUGUCAGCAAUGGUUGGUGUCUCAGAUUUCAGUUAUGACUAUAGCUACUGAAUUUGAUUUUAUGGAUGCUGCAGUUAUUCUGUCUACAGUUUCUUGAUUACCGAAUACUGCUGGUCUAUUUACUGAUAGCACUAUUGUUUACUUUGUUCCUUGACAUCUGUAGUGGAAACCUUUUUCCCUUUUCCCUUUUC